AUGGCGAUCCGCCGGCGGUUCCUCCUGUUACUCCUCCUCCUCGCCACAUCGGCCAUCCUCCUCUCCUGCGCCUCUGCCGCCGCCGCCCCCCCGGAUCCGAAGAAAUCAGACGAUCUCGAUGACGACGAGGACCUCAGCUUCCUCGAGGAAGGUGACGAGCCCUCGGGCGACCACCUUCACGCUUCCGACCACGGGGGCGACGAGGACGAGGCAGACGACGUGACCAAGGACUUCGAUCCGUCCGCUUUCGAUGGCCACGAUGAAUCCCCUCCGCCGGCUGUUGACGAGAAGGACGUCGUCGUUCUGACGGACGGCAAUUUCAGCAAAUUCCUCGAGGAGCAUCGCCACGUGCUGGUUGAAUUCUACGCCCCUUGGUGCGGCCACUGCCAGGCGCUGGCUCCCGAGUUCGCGGCGGCGGCGACGGAGCUGAAAGCGGCCGGGGAGGACGCGGUGCUUGCCAAGGUGGACGCUACGGAGGAGAACGAGCUGGCGCAGAAGUAUGAGAUCCAGGGGUACCCCACGGUUCUUUUCUUCGUGGACGGGCAUGACAACCGCAAAACCUACACAGGCCAGAGAACCAAGUAAGUGAUUGAGCACUGGGGGCUUUGGCGAGGUUUGCGCACCUUAUCCCACUUACUCUCGUUGGCCCUUCUACAUGACUCAAUCGACUGGUCUUCCGUUUCUCCGUUCGGAUCUGGGUUUCGUUUGAUUUAUUGGUCCGAAAUCUUGAAAUCUUCCUAGUUUUUUUAUCUGUCUGUGAUCUGCGCUAAUGUUCGGAAGAGGGUAGAGGAGAGUCUCCUGGUAUCACAAACCGCGAUCCGUUGUUAUUCCUAGAGUUUUGGCCAGAAAGUAAAUCGUCUAUUCCUGUCAUCUGACUGGGAGGUUGAUGAUUUCACGGUUGGAGGAAUACUUUUUAAGGCUGCGACCUCGUUUUACUUGGAAAAGGAGACUAAAAGGGUUCGCUAUCAUCGCUUUCUGGAUUUCGUUUCGUUAACUGCUUGAUUUACUGAUCAUCUAUUAGACUGGCCGAAGGAAUUUUCAUCUAUCACCACUGUUAUGAAUCUGCUGUGAUGUUUUAUUUGCAGGGAAGGAAUCGUGACAUGGAUUAAAAAAAUGACGGGCCCUGGAGUUCAAAAUAUAACAACGGUGGAGGAAGCAGAGACGGUUCUGACCGCUGAGGAUAAGCUGGUCGUGGGCUACUUCGACUCCUUGUUGGUAAUUUCUUUGUCCUACUAAUUUUCUCCCCCUGCUCGGUGAAUUGCCUUGAUCUCCAUCUGGAUCACCGGAUUCUGGUGAUGUUGGAUCCAUUUUGAGUAGAAAGCCAGCCAUCAGGAACAUCUUUCUCUGAAUCAGAUUUAUCAGCCGCUUUUGUAUGCAGUUUUUGGUUCCAAAGCUUAGUUUCCGUUUGGAUUCCUUUCUUGAAUCUGUCGCGUCCAUAAGGUUAUGGUUACGCUGAUUGAUUGUAUUCCCUGCGAACUUGUAUCCUCUGUUUCCUCUGGAAGGUCAAUAAUUGUUGUGGGGCCAUUUGAUUCGAUGGUGGUACCCGUUGCAUAAAUCUGUGUCACCCUACUUCAGGAUACAUUGAGCGAGGAGCUUGCUUCUGCUUCAAAAUUGGAAGACGAUGUCAACUUCUACCAAACUGCGAGCGCCGAUGUGGCUAAGCUUUUCCACAUUGACCCUAAGGCGAAACGUCCUGCUUUGGUGAUGCUCAAGAAAGAGGCUGAGAAGAUUACACACUUCGGUGAGCCAAGCUUCCUAUAUGUUGAGAAUUCUUGAUGAGGACUGAGAGACAGCUGGUCUGACCCGGGACUCUUCUUUCAUGCAGAUGGGGAUUUCGAAAAGUCAGCAAUUGCUGAUUUCGUGUUCGCCAACAAGCUUCCCUUGGUGACUAAAUUUUCAAGGGAGAAUGCGCCACUCAUUUUUGAGAAUCCAAUUAAGACACAGGUUACCUCAUUGACACUUCUUGCGGAGAAUUUCUUGAUCUUGUUACAUAAAAAUCUCUGGGAGGAAUAAUAACUUGCUCUCGUUUCUAACAGCUUUUGCUCUUUGCUACAUCAAACGAUUCCGAGAAGGUUAUCCCAGUUUUCCAGGAAGCGGCUAAAUUAUUUAAAGGAAAGGUAAUAUGGGGACCAGUCAUAUGUGAUAGCUCAUACCCGGCGGUCCUGAUGGCGCAGUGGACUCUUGAUUGCUGAUGGUUUUGAGUAAUUGCAUCCGAGUGGAUCUAGUAGUAGAUAUGAUUGUCGCAGAAGGAGCUUGAUGCUCUGUCUGUGGAGGAAGCGGAAAUCUCUGGUUGGCAUCCUCGAAGGAAGAAAAUGUGUCCCUUUAGAUGGCAUCAAAAAAAUAAAAGGCAGCUUUGCAAGCUUAGGACCCCUGCAUGUUAUCGGUGCCGAGGAAGUCGCUCUCUAUGAUUAGAGGAUGCUACCCAUUAUCAUACCUUUACCCGAACUACCGGUGUUGUAGAAAGCACGGUCUCUUCUCUAGCAUUGGGGCGGUUUCAGGCUGUCUAGACAUGAUUCACUAUGUUUUAGGGUCGACUCGACCGAAAUUCCUGAGGGCUUGCGAGUUCUUGGUGCCUUUAGGAGUAAACGUUUCUGUUUCUACCUCUCGGCAAGAGUUCGUUUUCUUUUUUCGGUGCUAGCUUCGUCCGAACUCACGCGUCGUACUUCUCGCAGAUCAUUUUUGUUCAUGUGGAAAUGGACGAUGAGGAAACCGGUAAGCCUGUCUCCGAGUACUUUGGCGUCGCAGAAGGUCCCAAGGUGCCAAGUCUGAACUCCCCCCUCCCCCCCCCUCCCCCACCCAAGCAUUCCGUUUUUGAUUACCAAAGGAAAUAUCUAGUCUGUGAACCAAUAAUAAUAAUAAAAAGGAGCUUCUGACUAAGAAAUGCGCGGCAGGUCUUGGCAUACACAGGGAAUGAGGACACCAGAAAAUUCUUUCUAGACGGCGACGUGACGGUGGACAGCAUUCAGGUCGGUUACGCUCGGAGUUUACCCCUUCACUUCAUACAUGCUUCGUUGAAAGUUUUGGCUGGUGCCCCACCCUGUGCUCGGGCGCCAACAUUGUUGGUCCUUGAUGACCAUCCUACACCGAGCCUGAAUAAUUGUCUCCAGCUUGCGGAAUAAUUGAAUUCGCUUUCUUUUCGGAGCUGUGUUUCGAAUUGUGCGUCUUUAUUCUUUGUUCCAGUGCCCUCUGGUGGCAAAAAUCCUCUUGAUUUCAUCGAUUUGGCUGACAAGGUGGCAGACGUAUGACAGUCCGUCCGUUCUUGUAUCAGAAAUUCGGCCAGGACUUCCUCGAAGACAAGCUCAAGCCUUUCUACAAGUCGGAACCCAUCCCCGAGAAGGUAAAACUUUCUCUCUCUCUCUCUCUCUCUCUCUCUCUCUCUCUCUCGCUCGGUCUGGUCUUCUCCAUUCGCGGGUUUUGCGUUUCUAACGGAAACUGUUCGGUGGGUUCUCAGAAUGACGGCGACGUGAAGAUCGUUGUGGGAGACAACUUCGACGAGAUCGUCCUGGACGAGUCCAAGGACGUCCUCCUUGAGGUGACGACACCCUCCCUCUUUCUCUCCUGCUCUGCAGCGUUGACCUCCCCCGAGCUGAUUUUUUCAAUCCGGUUCCCUACGACAGAUCUAUGCGCCCUGGUGUGGGCAUUGCCAAUCCCUCGAGCCCACUUACAACAGGCUCGCGAAGCACCUACGUGGAAUUGGUUCCAUCGUCAUAGCCAAGAUGGACGGGACGACCAAUGAGCACCCCCGGGCGAAGGUACCACCUUCGUUUGUGCUCCUCUGGCGUCCUAUGCUCGACUGGCAUUAACAUUCCGUAGAAAGUUUCCUUCUUGGAGCUUCAGGAUCUGCUCCUGGCGAGGCGGCGAUUUAGAUUUAUUUUGUUUCAUCGGAACCUGCCCGUCGCUGAUGCCUCUGGUUUUUCUGGUCUGACGGUGCAGGCCGAUGGAUACCCGACGCUUCUGUUCUUCCCGGCGGGGAACAAGAGCUUCGAUCCGGUAAGGAGUUUGAUCUCAGUGGCGCUGUUCUCUCUCUCUUUCUACCAGCUGCCCAUCCAUCCAUCCACCCCGUUGGAGAAACCGGGAUCGCGUUCUUGCUGGCCCGAGUCGUCCUGCUCAUCACUCCCUCCCCUCCCUCCGGCAGGUGUCGGUGGAGACGGACCGGACGGUGGUAGCGUUCUACAAGUUCCUCAAGAAGCACGCGGCCAUACCUUUCAAGCUUCAGAAGCCGGCUCCAGCGCCUAAACCGGAGAGCGCGCCCGCUCCCGAGCUCGAAACGAGCGCGCCCAAGCCGGCCGCCGACGCUAAGGAUGAGUUGUGA